CCCCGCGGCCAACCGAUUCGCUCUCGCCUCCUCGAUACGCUGGCGACGCUUGGCAAUCAUCGCUCCGCCGUUGACUCCGGUCGCGUAAUCCUCCGUGGAUGCGGGUAUGUCCCUCUCAGCGAGACGUCGCUCUCUCGCCUUCCGGAUGGCGCGAUCUCGUCCAAUAAUGGCCUCACGGCCUUCCUCAUACUCGGCAACGGUGAUGGUGAUCAUACCCGGGGCGUCACGGCCAGCCAUAAUGUCGUCCGAGCACAGGCCAUCGUGAACCGUGGGAACGUACUGUUCGGCAAACACAAUCCCCCCGCUCUCAUCCACCGACGCGAACGACCAACUUUUGUUGUCGUACCGGUUGCACGCCGCUCCGAGCUCCGCGAUACCAAUCGGUCCUCGGCCGUACACCGUGCCGUCGAAAUCCGGGAGAGCGUCGCCGUCGUUAAGAUGCACGAGAAGGACGCCGGGCGCUACCCAUUUCAGGGUACCCUUGUGCUUGGCGUUAAACUCGAGGUGCUGCGGGGUGAGGGGUUCUCCCAUAUUCGUUUUGUCGCUGACCACGUUGCCCGCGUACGCAUUGGGUUUCUGGGGAUUCGUCAUUUCGCGGAAAGGCAGGGCAGGCAGAAGGGGCGGGCAGGAUUCCUGAGCACCUGGAACCGCAUGCUCCCGGACUGCAGGUCGAUCGCUGGGGCCUCGCUCGCCCCCUUUUUCAACUGAGACACGUCGCUAAUCCCCAGGAUUUCAAAGUAAUCCUGCAAGACGUUCAGUCUACUCACUUGUUGAUAGGGCAUCCACGUUAGGUCGCCGGACUUCCAUUUGACCUCGAAGAGGGCUCGGCGUCGGCUCCCCGCAUGUCCAACCACCUUCUCCACGGCCCACUCGGAGUCUGUGGCCGCGUCCGCAACAUUCAGUUGAUUCUCCAUGCGGCCAGGGAACCGCCGAUCGUCGUUUGGUUAGGGGGCAGGUCAACCCGGAAUGAAGAAUUCCCGAAAUCCUGCGUUAUGCGAUACGGGCCUAUGAAUUUGG